AUGCGUUCAUCCGUCGCUACUGCAGUCAUUGAGCCCGUAAAGGUCUCCAAUGUCGCCCAGCGUAAAGGGCCGGAGCAGGUCUCCGCCUCAGCACCACCAACAGAAUCAGACCACGACCGUUUCUUCUGGACAUACACCGAGGAGCCUCACCGGACGCGGAGGCAGGCCAUCAUCAAGGCCCAUCCAGAGAUCACGAAGCUCUGCGGCCCAGAACCCCUUACGAAAUACUUCGUCCUCGCAGUCGUUGUCCUCCAGAUAACCUGUGCCUACCUAUUGCGACGCACCCCGAUACUAUCAUGGUCCUUUUUCUUAACGGCCUAUAUCAUCGGAGCGACCGCAAACCAGAACCUCUUCCUCGCGAUCCACGAAAUCUCACAUAACCUCGCCUUCCGCUCUCCUCUGGCCAACAGAGUCUUCGCUGUGUUCGCCAACCUGCCAAUUGGCAUACCAUACAGUGCCUCAUUUAGGCCCUACCAUCUAACCCACCACAAAUCCCUCGGCGUUGACGGCCUCGACACCGACCUCCCCACCGCGCUCGAAGCCCUCUUCCUCGACUCGAUCCUCGGCAAAGCCUUCUUCUGCACCUUCCAGAUCCUCUUCUACGCCCUGCGCCCCAUGCUCAUCUACCAGCUUCCGCUCACGAAGAUCCACCUCUUCAACGUCCUUGUGCAACUCGCCUUCGACGUUGCGCUCGUCAAGUUAGCCGGCUGGAACGCGCUGGCCUACUUCGUCAUGAGCAGCUUCCUCGCCGGGUCACUGCAUCCGUGCGCCGGGCACUUUAUUGCGGAACACUACGUUUUCUCGCAGCACAAGCCUGUGGCGAAGAGUCAGGCCAGUGAUCCAACGGUGCCGGUACCGGAGACGUACUCGUACUAUGGGCCCCUGAACCUCCUGACCUAUAACGUUGGCUAUCACAAUGAACACCACGACUUCCCUGCCGUGCCUUGGACGCGGCUGCCGGCGGUCCGGCGUAUAGCCGCCGAGUUUUACAAGGAGCUGCCGAGCCAUGAGAGCUGGGUGCGUGUGAUCUGGCAGUUCAUUCUGGAUAACGAGACUGGGCUGUGGUGUCGGGUGAAGAGGGCGGAGGGAGGAAGGAAAGUGGGUGGGUGGAAGGAGGAGGAGUUGGGGGCGAAUGAGCGGAGGGGUAUUCCGGGAGUCAAAUAG